GCGUGAUAGCGAGGUGAGAUGCUUGGUGCUUCCCUUGGAAGACCUGCAUGUCAAAUGGAAAUCACUGCUAGAGACAGAAACCAGCUGCAGCUCGUGCUGCUCACACUUGCUCAAUCAAAGAGCAACAAAGGGGCGGAUGCUUAUUCUGCCGCUCAGGCGGGCAAUCAUACUACACAUAUCAGCACUGACACAGCCUAUUGGAAAGCUGAUAUAUGCAAUUGCUAAACACUGACACGGUUGACUGCAUCCGACUUCAAUUAAAGUCAUGGAGCUGGAGCACUUUGACGAGCGGGAGAAAGCCCAGAGAAACACUCGCAUAGGCUCCAGGAACAACGGGCUGCAGAGCCCCACUCGCAGCGCCCACUGUAGUCUGUACAGGACCCGGACACUGCAGUCUCUAGCCUCGGAGAAGAAGGCCAAAAAGGUCCGCUUUUAUCGCAAUGGAGACCGCUACUUCAAAGGGAUUGUCUACGCUAUUUCCCAGGACAGGUUCCGGUCUAUAGAAGCCCUUUUGGCUGAUCUGACCCGCUCCCUGUCAGAUAAUGUGAAUAUGCCCCAGGGGGUCCGGACCAUCUACUCUAUCGACGGGACCAAGAGAAUAUCCAGCAUGGAGCAGCUGGAGGAAGGAGAGAGCUAUGUGUGUGGCUCCAUAGAGUCAUACAAGAAGCUGGACUACACUAAGAAUGUCAACCCCAGCUGGUCAGUUGGGGUGAAGACAGCUGUGGCUGCCUCUGCACGUGGCCCCCCAUCCCUGGGCAGUGCCAAGGCUGGGGCCCCGGAGACCAGGGAGAAUAAGGACUUCAUUCGGCCCAAACUGGUCACCAUCAUCCGCAGUGGGGUGAAGCCUCGUAAGGCCAUCCGCAUCCUCCUCAACAAGAAGACUGCCCACUCCUUUGAACAGGUUCUCUCUGACAUUACAGACGCCAUCAAGCUGGACUCUGGGGUUGUCAAGAGACUGUACACCGUGGACGGGAAGCUGGUGACAUGCCUUCAGGACUUCUUUGGUGACGACGACAUCUUUAUGGCCUGUGGUCCAGAGAAGUUUCGCUACCAAGAUGACUUCCUCUUAGAUGAGAGUGAGUGUAGGGUGGUGAAGUCGACGUCAUAUGGUCGGAUCUCCUCUCUGCUAGGACGCUACUCACCCAGAGGAGGAGGCUCACCCAGAGGAGGAGGCUCACGCCGAAGCUCAGGCUCAGCCAAUGGGACGGUAGGCAGUCAGCUGUCGACUCCUCGAUCUGGGAAGUCCCCCAGUCCCUCUCCUACCAGUCCUGCCAGCCUCCGACGACACAGGGGGUCCCAACACAUUGGCUCAUCCCUAUCUCUAGCCUCCACCAAGGUGUGUAUCUCCAUGGAUGAGGGAGACGGAGCAGGAAGUGAAGCGGAGCUGAACCUGCUGAGUGAUGAAUGUCCCUCCGUCCCUCCGUCCAUCGCUGAGAGGUACAAGGUGGGGAGGACUUUAGGUGACGGUACCUUUGCUGUUGUCAGAGAGUGUGUGGAGAGAUGUACAGGCAAAGAAUACGCCCUGAAGAUCAUCAACAAAGUCAAAUGUAGGGGAAAGGAACACAUGAUCCAGAACGAGGUGUCCAUCCUCCGUCGUGUCAAACAUCCCAACAUUGUCCUGCUGAUCGAGGAAAUGGACACCGACAGCGAGCUUUACCUGGUCAUGGAGCUGGUCAAGGGGGGUGACCUAUUUGAUUCCAUCACCUCCUCGAAUAAAUACACAGAGAGAGAUGCAAGUGGGAUGAUUUAUAACCUGGCCAGUGCCAUAAAGUACCUGCACAGCCUCAACAUCGUACACAGAGACAUCAAACCUGAGAACCUGCUGGUGUAUGAGCAUCAGGAUGGUAGCAAGUCUCUGAAGCUGGGAGACUUUGGCUUGGCUAGCCUGGUGGAUGGACUCCUCUACCUGGUCUGUGGCACCCCCACCUAUGUAGCACCUGAGAUCAUCGCUGAGACAGGGUACGGGCUGAAGGUUGAUAUCUGGGCAGCUGGAGUAAUCACAUACAUUCUGCUGUGUGGCUUCCCUCCCUUCAGUGGGAGCAGUGAGGACCAGGAGAUUCUGUUGGACCAGAUUCUAACGGGACAACUAGACUUCCCUUCACCGUCCUGGGACAACAUGUCUGUCACUGCUAAGGAGCUGAUCACAGGGAUGCUGCAGGUGAAGGUGGAACAGAGAUACACAGCUCUGCAGGUUCUGGAUCACCCCUGGAUCAAUGAUGAUGGGCGAUUAGUGAACGACCAGCAGCUCUCUGUGGCUGGGAACAUUAAGAAACACUUCAACACGGGUCCUAAAGCCUGCAGCACCACUGCUGGAGUGUCUGUUAUCACAACCACCCCUCUUGAUAAGGAGCGGCAGGUUUUCAGACUAAGACACCAUCAGGGUGUGAGGUUAAAGCCCCGCCCCCACCUCCAGCCCCAUCCCCAACCAACUGGCUUCCCCACUAACGCCAGUCAAAGCUCCACCCACAGAUCCAACAACCCUGCCCUUUCUCCCGCUGAUUUCACUUCAGAGUCAGAAGAUUACUCUCCCAGCCCCUCCCCCACCUCCCCUAGCUCUGCUGACACCGUCCGCUCCCCCACCUCGCCCUUCUAGACUUCGAGACCCCGAAGGAAGAGAGAGGGGAGAAAGGAGAGAAAGGAAAGAGAACGAGGAAGGACAGGGGGCACGUAUCCCUGUACUAACACUAGCCCAUGUCCCUGUAUUCACGACGACAGUCUGUCAAGAUGCCUGCCAAUUACUUAAACAUUGAUUUGCCAUUCCGGCUACAUUGUCAGUUAACCCUAAGAUUCACUGGGGUCAGAGCCAUUCACAGAAAUCAGUUAGGGUGGGGUUAGGGUUAAAGGUUAGAGGUUAGGGUCAAGGUUAAAGGUGUAUUCUGGAUGGGUUCUGCGCUGGCCCUGAGAGAUUACUAAGGCAGAGAAUCUGUAUCUGCUUAUCUUUUCUGAGACACCACACAGACAUACAGUAGUUAAGCCUUUUUUCAGGAAACACUGACUCGUCCGCUGAAGUCUCCUGGUGUUGGGAGAUGAGUACUGCAGGGCAACCAAGCUGCUAACACAUCAACUAUGUAAACCUACAGAUCAAAAUCUUCCAUUUAACUUGACGGGACCUCAUACGCCCUGAAUAGGGCAACUUAAGUAUUUCUGUGAUUAAACAUACAUUUUGAAAAAUACUAAUGAUAACAAUAAUGACUUUGGGUCCUUGAAAAGCACUAUACAAAUUCAAAAACAUUUAUUAUUCAUUUUGAAAAUGUUUGCAUCCAGUCAGUUAUCUAUUUCAGUGAAGUGAUAUAGCAUCCCAUUCAUUACAACUUGUUCAGAAAAACACUUCCAAGUGAAAAGAUGUAAUCUAAGAGUCUGAACAUUCAAUAAGACAUGCUGUAUGACACCUGUCAUGUAAAGAUAUCAUGUAUUUAUACUGAACAAGAAAUAUAAACGCCACAUGUAAAGUGUUGGUCCCAUGUUUACAUGAGCUGAAAUAAAAGAUCACAGAAAUGCAUAAAAAGCUUAUUUCUCUAAAAUGUUAUUGCCAAAUUUGUUUACAUCCCUGUUAGUGAGCAUUUCUCCUUUGGCAAUAUAAUCCAUCCACCUGACAGAUGUGGCAUAUCAAGAAGCUGAUUAAACAGCGUGAUCAUUACACAGGUGCACCUUGUGCCGGGGACAAUAAAAGGCCACUCCUAAAUGUGCAGUUUUGCCACACAACACAAUGCUACAGAUGGCUCAAGUUGAUGGAGCGUGCAAUUGGCAUGCUGACUGCAGAAAUGUCCACCAGAGCUGUUGUCAGAUAAUUGUAUGUUCAUUUCUCUACAAUAAGAUGCCUCCAAUGUCCUUUUAGAGAAUUUGGCAGUACGUCCAACCGGCCAGCCCAGGACCUCCACAUACAGCUUCUUCACCUGCGGGAUUGUCUGAGACCAUCUGAUGAAACCGAGGAGUAUUUCUGUCUGUAAUAGAGCCCUUUUGUGGGGAAAAACUCAUUCUGAUUGGCUGGGCCUUGCUCCCCAGUGGGUGGGCCUAUGCCCUCCCAGGCCCACACAUGGCUGCGUCCCUGCCCAGUCAUCUAUCUAACUAUCUAGCGUGAAGCUAUUCUCCAGUUCUUGGUGCUGCUGGAGAUAUAAUAUAUUACACACUUUACAGAGGACCAGAGAGGGGAGCUGGAAGCUAUCCGGGCAUUCUGCUAUACCAUACGGAUUGGUUGAUGGAAUAUACACUGCUCAAAAAAAUAAAAGGAACACUUAAACAACACAAUGUAACUCCAAGUCAAUCACACUUCUGUGAAAUCAAACUGUCCACUUAGGAAGCAACACUGAUCGACAAUAAAUUUCACAUGCUGUUGUGCAAAUGGAAUAGACAACAGAUGGAAAUUAUAGGCAAUUAGCAAGACACCCCCAGUAAAGGAGUGGUUCUGCAGGUGAUAACCACAGACCACUUCUCAGUUCCUAUGCUUCCUGGCUGAUGUUUUGGUCACUUUUGAAUGCUGCUUUCACUCUAGUGGUAGCAUGAGACGGACAUCAAUCCGAGCUGUGGCAAGAAGGUUUGCUGUGUCUGUCAGCUUAGUGUCCAGAGCAUGGAGGCGCUACCAGGAGACAGGCCAGUACAUCAGGAGACGUGGAGGAGGCCGUAGGAGGCCUUCAGCAGUCCACAAAUGUGCAUGUGUCUGCUCAAACGGUCAGAAACAGACUCCAUGAGGGUGGUAUGAGGGCCCGACGUCCACAGGUGGGGGUUGUGCUUACAGCCCAACACCGUGCAGGACGUUUGGCAUUUGCCAGAGAACACCAAGAUUGGCAAAUUCGCCACUGGCGCCCUGUGCUCUUCACAGAUGAAAGCAGGUUCACACUGAGCACAUGUGACAGAUGUGACAGUCUGGAGACGCCAUGGAGAACGUUCGGCUGCCUGCAAAAUCCUCCAGCAUGACCGGUUUGGCGGUGGGUCAGUCAUGGUGUGGGGUGGCAUUUCUUUGGGGUCCGCACAGCCCUCCAUGUGCUCGCCAGAGGUAGCCUGACUGCCAUUAGGUACCGAGAUGAGAUCCUCAGACCCCUUGUGAGACCAUAUGCUGGUGCUGUUGGCCCUGGGUUCCUUCUAAUGCAAGAGAUUGUGGCUGGAGUGUGUCAGCAGUUCCUGCAAGAGGAAGGCAUUGAUGCUAUGGACUGGCCCGCCCGUUCCCCAGACCUGAAUCCAAUUGAGCACAUCUGGGACAUCAUGUCUCGCUCCAUCCACCAACGCCACGUUGCACCACAGACUGUCCAGGAGUUGGCGGAUGCUUUAGUCCAGGUCUGGGAGGAGAUCCCUCAGGAGACCAUCCACCACCUCAUCAGGAGCAUGCCCAGGCGUUGUAGGGAGGUCAUACAGGCACGUGGAGGCCACACACACUACUGAGCCUCAUUUUGGCUUGUUUUAAGGACAUUACAUCAAAGUUGGAUCAGCCUGUAGUGUGGUUUUUCACUUUAAUUUUGAGUGUGACUUCAAAUCUAGACCUCCAUGGGUUGAUAAAUUUGAUUUCCAUUGAUAAUUUUUGCGUGAUUUUGUAAAUAUUUCUUUAUUUUCCAUAUUUACACAUCGUUAUAACACUGUAUAUAGACAUAAUAUUACAUUUGAAAUGUCUUUAUUAUUUUGGAACUUCUGUGAGUGUAAUGUUUACUGUUUAAUUCGUUAUUUCACUUUUGUUUAUUAUCUACUUCACUUGCUUUGGCAAUGUUAACGUAUGUUUCCCAUGCCAAUAAAGCCUUUAAAUUGAAUUUAAUUGAAAUUGAGAAGCACAGUAAGUUGGCAGGUCUAGACAGAGACACAGUGAGUUGACAGGUCUAGACAGAGACACAAUGAGUUGACAGGUCUAGAGAGAUAAGGAAAGUGAGUUGACAGGUCUAGAGAGAUAAGGACAGUGAGUUGACAGGUCUAGAGAGAGAAGGACAGUGAGUUGACAGGUCUAGAGAGAGAAGGACAGUGAGUUGACAGGUCUAGAGAGAUAAGGACAGUGAGUUGACAGGUCUAGAGAGAGAAGGACAG